AUGCCCUCGCUUCCAUCCGGCCUUCUCUAUAAAGAGUAUUGGUCAAUUACCAAUACGCGUGACUGGUCCAUUGAAUCCUUCGACAUCCACUGGAUCCAAAAAAAUCCACUUUUGCACGAGAACCGGAUUGCAGCCCAUGCUUCGUUAGGAAAAGAGCUGAGUCUUCUUUCCGGAGUCGGUGAUCAAGAGAUUGCAGACAAAACGCGAUCAUUACAAAAACAACUCAAGAGACCAUCUGACAUUGUUGAAGUUAUUUGGGAGAGGAGCGAUGAGAUAGCCAAGUCUCAGGUUCGGUUAACAUUGAGCGAGGUGUUGGCCAAGGUGAAUAUCAAAGUAGCACUUGUAGAUGAGGUCGGUGAUUUCAUGCGUGAACGAGACAAGUUGGUUCGAAAUAGGAAGGGCCUUAACGCCCGUGGCGAUGAAGCUGACUCCGAAAAGGUGACUAUUGAUUAUAGUCGCGACGAUUGUGGGAUGAUAGAGCAAGACACAACGCAUAAUGGUUUGGAAAUAAUAAACGAUGAACAUGCGGCUUCCAGUAAGAGGCGGUUUAGUACCGAAGAUUUUGGGGAACAUGAACGUCCAGAAAGUGUCAAGAAGAAGGUCAAAAACAAAAGGUGUCCUGUAUCAGCUUUUUCUGCAAGUCUGGAAUCACAAAAUAUCGAUGAUCCCGGAGAAACGGAAUCUGCUAACAUGAAAGAAAACGAUGAAGUCCGCAAUAUUACACAGGAGGAGGCGGCAGUUCGGAAUAAAUUGCUGGAAAUUCUCCGUGCACGCCAACGCCAAGACAAGGAAGCCCAAAAAACAUUUAUGACAUCCAUAUCUCUCAAUGGCAUCAUAGAUUUGACAGAUAAGAGCAUGUACAAGGAGGUUACAACAUCAUUGUCUGAGGAUGAGGCUAUUUGGCUUCAGAACUUCCUCCAGAGAAAAGUUUGGAAGCCGACCCCUGAGUUUCAAGAUUAUAUCGCUCAAUUUACAGAGGAAUCAUGUACCCGAGCACAGAUUCCGAGCCUUGUCCGCAAGUCCCACGUCGUUGGAAGGUUUGACCCGGUUUUCCAUGAGGAUCAUGACAUCGCGCAGCAAAUUUCUACCCAUCUUUCCGUUCGGUUGGAAGCUCCAAUGAGAGUCGAAUACAAAGGGCUUGACUAUGAAAGAACCUUCGCCAUAGAUACCAUUGUGUAUAUUUUAAACCGGCUGUAUAGGAUGCACCAUGAUGAUUUAGACGUCGCAUGGAUUGAGCACCAAACGCCGGAUACUAAAAGUCACAAAAUUGACGGGGUGUUCAAAGUAAUACGAACAACUGGCAAGGGCCAGACGAUAAUAAUGAUCGAGUUCUCGCGUGCGAGGAAGACUUCUUGCAACAAAAAGGAGGGGGACGGUCUCAAAUUGUGCCGAAAUGCCAUGAGAAUCCUAAACAAACUGCUGCGAACAGUGCCACGGAAGCAAGCACGCAUUUAUUUGGUGCAGUCCUUCAACGGGUACAUUGAAGUAAAAUACAUGGUUACACCCACUCCAUCGAUUUAUAUUCUUGAGCGCUCUUUGCACUUCAAAAUUCCCGUCUCAUUCGGGGAUUUUGAGGAUUUGGGUAGCACACUUACAGACCUGAUGAAUUGGCAGGCUGACGUGCUUUCCACGGUGAGAGCAUUCAAUAAGGUGACUACGCCAAAUAAUGCAACUGAAGACAACAAUCUUCACAUAACGUCAGUACAGGACACACCACUAAAGAAAACGAAAGCAACUAAAAAAAACAAACCGUUUGAUCCUGGGACGCCCUGUCCUGGAUCACCAUGUUCAUUUGAUAGCAUUUAA